AUGUAUACGGACAAUACCGAUGCUGUCGAAUCGGAUGCCGUUGGCAAUCGUAUUCAACAUGGCGAAAUUAUUGUGACCACAAAUUUGACUGGUCGUGGAACGGACUUGGAGACUAGUCCCAAGGAACCGAUUGAGCAAUGCGAGCAGGCUCCAGAUCAUGCAACCAGGGCCGCCAUCGCCAGGGGCGAAGUCGGAUCGGCCGUCGCACUGUCCGAAGAUACCAAAGUCAACCUCGACAGUGUCGAUGUGAAAUGA